CUGUAUUAUUAGGUUAUGAUGCAUUGUUUACUACAAUGUUGAAGCAGUUUUUAAUUGUUACGCUGAUUUCGGUGCUGUUGUCGUAUUUUUUCGGCGAUAAAGCCUUCGGGAUUAUAGGAAAUAUUUUUUUUAAAACCGUCACCCAUAAAAACUCGAAAAUUGGUGAACCUGUUCUGCUGACGAAACAAGUUUUACAAAAAUUUAACGGUAUACAUUCCCCAGAGUUGUAUUUAAGUAUUUGCGGUGAUGUUUAUGACGUUACCAAGGGUUUUAAGCACUAUGGGCCUGGGGAGUCGUAUAAUUUCUUUGUGGGGAAAGAUUCAACGAGGAGUUUUGUGACUGGGAAAUCAGAGGAAGAUGUUGUGAGUGAACAUGUAGCAGAUUUAGAUGAUGCAGGUUUAAGAUCGCUAAACUAUUGGAUAAAGUUUUAUGGGGAUACUUAUAAAAAAAUAGGUAAAUUGGUGGGAAAGUAUUAUAACAAUAAAGGAGAUUUAACAGAGUACGCAAAACAAGUAAAAAAAUUAAUAGACGCAGCAGAAAAUCAAAAAAAAUCAGAGGAGUUGGAAAAGGCUAAAUUUCCACCUUGUAAUGUGGAGUGGGACCAAGAAUCAGGAAGCAGAUAUUGGUGUAGCAACAAAAGUGGUGGGAUUCACAGAAACUGGGUGGGAAAACCCCGAAAAUUGUACGAAGCCGGAGCGAAAGACUACAGAUGUGCGUGCAUAGACAAAAGUAAUGCAAAGUUGGGCAACGUGCAGCAAUUCGAGAAUUGCGACGAAAAUUCUGAAAGUUGUUAUGUCAAACAAUAAAAUGCAGUGUUUCUUAUUUAUAAUAUUUAUUAUCUUGAUUUUUUGUACAUAUAGCCUUACAGAGUAAACUUAUAUACUUAUUUAUAUUUAAUAAUAAAUAUUUCUCACUGGUUUAUUUAAGUAAUGUCUUCUUAUUUCAAAAUAUUGCAGACGUAUUAUUUUUUUUUAAUUUUUUUUAGUCCAAGGUGCAGAUCUGAGUAGGUCUGCUCGUUUCGCCUUAUUAUAUACGUUAUAUCUACGUUAUUCGAUUUUUUAAUAUAUCUAUUAUAUAUAAUAAUAGCCCCUUUUUAUAAUGUAACAAUAAUAAUAUUUGAACACAAAAGUAAUGUAUUAUUAUUUUAUUUUCUAUCACAAAAUUUUGGCUUUAACCUUUUUUUAUAAUUAUUUUAAUUAUGUAUUACGGGGGAACUACACGUAUCUAGGUACAAUUUUGGCGACUUUGGCGUAAUUUAAUAAUAAAAUAAAAACUAUGUAGUUUACCAUCAGCAUGCAGUUAAAGACACCAAAAUUACUUUUCCCGCCCAAGUCGCCAAAUUUGCGCGGGGCGUUUUAAACGCCCCAACUAUGUUUUAUAUCAUAGCACAACCUUUGUAUAGAGCAGAUACUUUUCGAUAUUUACAAAAAAUCAAAUUGACGUUGUUCAAUAUUGCUCUCAAUGUGACACUUUUAUUUUUUUUUUUAGUUAGGCCUUUCUUGCGUCUAACGUUUACAACUUAAAUAAAUUGGCCGUAAAGGGGGCCCGUUUAUUUUUCGGGCCGCAAAAUCAACAGGUUUCAUAUAAAAUUUCGUAAAUGUUAACAAUAGAUAACAAAAUAUGUACAUUUUUCUGCAGGUACAUUUUUUUUUAUACAUUUUCGUACAUUUUUUGAUACGGAGAUCAUGAAGUGUUUUUUUGGCCAAAAUAAACUUACACCCUACUUUUUAUUGUUAAUUAAUUGUAUGUCGUACGUUACUAAUAAAUAAAUUACUAAAUACUCCUUAAAAACUAAUCUCUAUGCUCUAACUUUGGAAAAUAUUUAAUAAUUUCUUAAAUAUAUAUAUUAUUAUGUGUGUAUGUAUAUACUAUAGAAUAGAGAACGAAAAAACAAACUUUUAGGCUUCAAUAACUUUGAUUCGUUUUAGUUUUUAUUUCAACGACGUCUCACAGCCCAACAAGUAAAAAAAACGAUUAAAUUUUUCGAGACAGUUUUUUGAGCAAAUUUUUUUCUCACUGUUUUUUUCCUCAACGAAACAAACGCAACGAAAAACAACGAAAAAUUUCGUUCCCUCUAAUUUUCGUCUGGCAACCUUUGCUUUUCCUUUUACAAUAUAUAUCACAGAGACAAGAAACUAAACAGAAAAAAAAAAUCAACAAUUUGUGUCUCACGCGAGUUUUUAUAUACAAAAAACGUACUCUUCUUAAACAUUAAAUAACAAGUGUUAUACACCCCCAAAUAGUUAACAAGUGUCUCUUUUUUUUUACUCAUUUAUAUAUACUACGUAUUAUAUGUAUAGCACUAGCACUUAACAGUAAUAUUAAUCAUAAUAUAAUUUUAAAUCAGUCGACCCAACAAACAACACUUUGUGUGCGUGGCUGCGGGCGCGAAAACGUCGCCGAAAUUUGGCAACAUCGCGCGAAAUUCG